AUGUAUGCAAGCCAAAUCGCUAACAGAGACGUGAUUCUCCUGUAUGGGGACUCGGAUCAAGAGCACGAGGCUGCAGUCUUUCUUACGGGCACUGCUGACCAGUCCAACACAAGCUUGGUAAAGUACACUCGGGGAAGCAGCAGCGACACCAUUAUCACCAUUCUCCCUGGCGUUACUAGUAUCGAAACUAUCUGGGAUUCAGAGAACCAGCUUAUCCUCUUCGCGGACACUCACACUGCCGGCUCGUUCUGGGCACCAACUAUCGCCUCGAAUGAUACUAGUAACGACUUCGCCAACUACUGGCAAUUUGGAACGAACACAUCGGUGCUUGUCGCGGGUCCUUACCUUGUCCGCAAUGCAACAAUAUCUGAUAUCACGCUUGCACUUCGCGGUGACCUCAAUCAAAGCAUAACCCUUUCCGUAGUAGCUCCUCCGCAAGUGACCGCCAUUACCUGGAACGGGGAGGCGAUCAUAAACGAUGCGCCCGCGUCGAAAAUGUUGACAAGCAGUGGUGGCUUUGUCGGUCACCUCACGUUUACUGACCCCAACUUUACUGCCCCAGUUUUGACCAACUGGAAGUACGCGAACUGCCUGCCGGAGAUACAAAGCAACUUCUCGGAUGCCAGCUGGACGCUUGUGAACCAUACUUCCACGAACAUCCCAGUUGCUCCCUUGUAUGGUGAUGGAAGGACCUGGUAUGGAUGCGACUAUGACUUCUCGUCUUAUGGUACGAACCUGGUUGAGGAAGUGGAUGCACCAUUCUACUUCCCGAGCGGAUCCUUGAACUACGAUCCAAGAUACAACAAUGUCAUCACGGUUGUGCAGGAUAACAUGGGUCUUGACGAAACUGGAUACGGAGUAAACGAGGAGAAAUCACCUCGCGGUAUUCGCGGUUUUGAGCUCAACUCGGGCAACUUGGGUCCUUGGAUGGUUCAAGGCAAAGUCGGCGGCUACACCAAUUUCCCUGACACAUUACGUGGUGUACUAAACGAAGGUGGCCUCUAUGGCGAGAGGAUGGGCUGGCACCUCCCGGGCUUCAAUACUUCGUUUUGGGAGUCGCGCGACCUCUCUGAGGGGCUACCUGACAGUGCAGCUGGCGUCUUCUUCGUGACGACGUUCAACCUCAAUGUUCCGGAGGGGUACGACAUUCCGAUGGCGUUUACGUUUGAUAACUCGACCAUGGGACAGGCUUACCGCCUUCGACUCUUCGUGAAUGGGUGGAUGAUGGGACACAUGAUUGCAAAUCUUGGCCCUCAGUACAAAUUUCCGGUGCAUGAAGGCAUCCUCGACUACAAUGGGACAAAUACUGUCGCUAUAGCACUCUGGUCCAUGGAAGCCGAGCCUGUGUCUCCGAGCGUGGAACUGACCCUGGAGCACGUCUACGAGGGAGGCGUUGGUGGUAUAAACACCAACAACCCUGCUUGGUCUCCUGACGGUAAACUGCUGGAAGUAUAA